AUGGGGCCAUUCAUGGGAUUCAGACCGAUGCGCCACAUCGACCGGAAGGACCUCUACACAAAUUUAGAAGCCAGAGUUCAAUAUCUUCACACAUUCUUAGAUUUCGGCUCAAAUGACAUCGAGGCGCUCAUUACCGGCUCAAAAUACAUCAAACAGCUAAUACCAGCCAUUGUGAACAUUGUCUAUCACAAGCUUCUGCAAUAUGAUAUUACUGCGCGUGCUUUCGAGACGAGGAGUACGAGCUACGAGGGUCCAGUCGACCCGGCUCUGAACGAGAACAGUCCGCAGAUCAUGCACAGAAAAAUGUUUCUACGAGCCUACCUGAACAAAUUAUGUUCUGAUCCUAGCACAAUGGAAUUCUGGUAUUACCUGGACAAAGUCGGCAUGAUGCACGUUGGUCGUGGAAGAGAGCACCCAUUGCAUGUGGAGUAUGUCCACAUUGGAGCCUGUCUGGGAUUCAUCCAAGACACAUUGACAGAGGCCUUGCUAUCACAUCCACGCAUUAAGAUGGACAGGAAGAUCGCGCUAGUGAAGGCUCUGAACAAGGUCAUAUGGAUCCAGAAUGAUCUAUUUGCCAAAUGGUAUGUCCGGGAUGGUGAUGAGUUCCGCGAUGAUAUGGAGGUGCCAGAGUAUGAGAAGGAGGGCUACCUGGAUGGGCAAAAGGUCCUGGAUGAUAUCGACGAGGACGCGGCAGAGGGCUCUGGCUCCUCGAGUAGCGCCCCCAAGAGCCCGACGACGCCGAAAACUUGCCCAUUCUCCGGCAUUCCUAUACGAGCAAAAGGCGAAGCUAGUCCGCCCAAGGUUGGAAAACCGUCUUCAGAGAAUGGGGAGAAGCCAGUGGCCUAG